UCUCUCUCUCUCUCUCUCUCUCUCCAAAAAAACGAAAUUCACAACAUAAUUCGCCUCUAUGUAAAGUAUUUUGGCUGUAUCCCUUUGCUUUCGCAUGUCCGUAGUGUACAUGCUAAUUUACAUCAGUCUUUUUCAGCUACACGUGUAUAGCAUAGUGUCUCCUCCCAUCACGUCCAAGGUUGGUAGGAUUUUUUUUAGCUUGUAUUUCAUAACCUGGAUACCCAUUUUUGACAGUUCGUUGGGGGUAGGUAAUAUCCUCUUUAUCUUCUUCAAUUAUCUCUAUAUGUAGGUUUAAUUCAUUAUGGAGACCAAGUUAUGAAUGUGUUAUGGGAAACGAGAGUAGUCAUGUAGUUUUAGCAUCCUCAUAUACCUGUAGUGGUUUAAUAUAGAAGCUUAUGAUGAAACUAUAAUCCAGAGCUUGAAGGCUGUCAGAGGAUGAAGUCUGCGAGGGUGGUGUCAGCUGGAGGGGAUAUUUUUUUCUGAGGGUGAAAAUUAGACCAAUGUUUUAAGAUGUAUGGCGAGGUGAAAGGUGUAAGGAGUGAUGGAUGGGGAACAGCUGCACCGCCACCACGAUAUACGGCUCUCACGGCGACAUAGAUGGCAGAGUUGGGAAGGGUUUCUUGUUAGCAAUCCGUGUGACACUUAUAUGUAGGCCGUGACUCAGUGGUUGCUUUAAUAUCACUUAACGAUGGGAAUUGGUGUCUUAUGAGAGGGGGAGAGAGAGGGAAGGGGGAGAUGGAGGGCCGUGGAGUGCGAGAUGAGUGCAAAGUGAAGAAUAUACAGGUAUGCAGGCACAAGUAAAUGAUGGAUGCAGGUGUUUGAGGUACCCGAACUGUAUACUUUGUUUGGGCGAGGACCACACACCCUUCUGAUAUCUUGUGCCCUGCUUCCUGUGCGUGUCAGUGGGCCACACGACUCGCGGUUUUGGAAUAUUAGCCGUGAGUCAGAGUGAAGAACUGACCUACUCGAAAACCUUUGCAUACAGCCAAGGUCGCACACGUGUCCAUGGUUCGGGGGCCUUUAAAUAUUGCGCUGUUGACUCUACUGCAGGAAAGUGAAAGGAACCACUUUCUAUCCUCCUAUUGACUGUUAACACCUUCGUUCCUUGUUAGUGGUCGACCAAAGGUAAGUGUUCUACCUUUGUUGAGUAACUGAAGUCUCGUUUUGUUGACAAUGUAAAUUUUGUGUAACGUGGAAGCCGUUUAGAGCAAAAUAAUGGAAGGUAUUUCCUGGACGGUGUAAUCGCUUAGCUAAGUAAUGUAAGUCACACACGUCGGCACCCCGCAGACCAGCCAGGGUGCAGGUGCUGACGAGGGCGGGCCGACAGUUGGACGCGCGCGGUUCAUGAAGCAGAGCAUGAGCGCUUCGGAUAGCGGUGGGACUCUGCGCCUGCUGUUGGUGCUGCCCCUGCUGACGCUGCUGGCAGUGGCGGCCUGGCUCGGGGACCCGGGGACGUCGCACAGUUCGCACACAAGUUUUCUUAAGGAAUCUGUGACAAGACACGUAAAAGAGGGCGGCUCAUCCCACGACGUGGAGGGCAGGAAGGCCACGGCGUUCUCCCUCCUCUACUGGCCCGAGGGGGGCGACGGGCUGCCCCUCAUCCCCUACGUGGUGGUCGAUUUGAGUGCCCCCCGGGUACCGUCGGGCGGCGCGGCGCGGGAUGGCCUACUGGAUGCUGCACACCUGCGUCAGGUUCGUGGAGGUGCGCCACCCCACAGGCUCCCACCUGAGGCUCAUCCGUGGCCUCGCCUGUCGCUCCGACGUGGGCCGCGUCUCCAAGACCGGCCAGGAUGUGGUGAUCGGACCCGGCUGCCGCGAGCUCCGCCGCAUGGUCCGCCUGCUGGCACGUGCUCUGGGCUGGUACGACGAGCACAACAGACCGGACAGAGACCUUCACGUGCAUGUGAACCAGGAAAAUGUGGACCCUCGCUUUACUUACCUCCUCAAAAAGAUUCCCCCGCACCUGGUGGCUGACUUCGGCGUGCCCUAUGAUCUCACCUCCAUCAUGCAUGCUGAUCCGCGGUUCCUCUCGGCUAACGGCAGAACGACGCUCGCCACCACCAACCCGCUGCUUCAAAGCCUCGCGGGGCAGAGUCGAGACCUCUCCCACCGCGACAAACUUCUGGCCAACCUCAUGUACCAAUGCACAGAUAAGUGGUUGAAAGCGUGUGAGAUGGAGGCGGAGAGAUGCAGCAACGGCGGGUACACUAAACGGGACUGCUCUUGUGCUUGCCCUCCUGGAACCGCCGGGAACAUGUGCGAAAACGUGACUGGUGGAUACUAUGACAGUCUCCUGCCAGCUUGCACGGAGGUUCUACGGACACAAACCAACAUAACUUCCCCUGGGCACCCACGCAACUACGAUAGAGACUCGCGGUGUGUCAAGUGGAUCAAGGCCCCGCCCUGCCACACGCCCGCCCUCACCUUCCACGCCUUCCAUCUCUACGGCAGGAACACUUACGGCGACAACCAGCCUCUCUGCUACCUGGACUACCUCGAGAUCAGAAAUGAGAGUCUCUACAGCGGCGAAGUGUAUUGCGACAGAGAGAUCUACCCAGGCCAGGUCUUCACUUCGUCAUCUACCGACCUCAUUCUCUACUUCAAGACCCAGACGGACUAUUUCCCGGGGUGGGCGGCCUCCAUCACCUUCACGCCCAUCGAUGGUUGUGUUAGCAAUGCGAGUACAACCACAAUGUCAUCCUCAACCACCACAGCUUCAGGCUCCACCACGACAACCAGCCCACUCACGGAUACUACAACAACCACAAUUGACGCAGAAACCACAUUAACAACCACCACCACCACUACUACCAGCACCCCAACCCCUACCAAUAGUACAGAGGACACGGCUUCUACAGCUACAACCACUACAACAACCACCUCUCCUUCCACCACUACUUCAUCUACCAAAAAUAUUACCAUCACCACUACACCUACCACUGCAACCACCUUCUCUCCCUCCACCACUACUGUAUCAACCACAAACAUCACCACUACCAUCUCCACCACCUCUACUGGCACUACAAGAUCCACCACCCCUGUCAGUACAACCACUACCAUGCUGUCCAAUACUACAACCUCCCCCACUACUACUUCUACUACUACUAUUACUACAUUUCCUACCACUACAACCGCCACUACUACUACUCCAGCUACUACUGAAACUGAUACCACCACAAGUUCAACCACCACUGCUACUACUAAUACUACCACUGCAACGAUCACCACCCCUACCACUACCACAUCAACUACCACCCCGGCCACCACAAGGAGAACCACUUCUACUCCUACCCCAACCACCACCAACAUAACCACCCCAACCACUAUGACCCCCACCACCACCACAACCACCCCAACCACUACCCCAACCACUAUGACCCCCCCCACCACCACAACCACCCCAACCACUACGACCCCCACCACCACCACCACCACCAUAACCACCCCAACCACUAUGACCCCCACCACCACCACCCCAACCACUAUGACCCCCACCACCACCACCCCAACCACUAUGACCCCCACCACCACCACCCCAACCACUAUGACCUCCACCACCACCCCAACCACUAUGACCUCCACCACCACCCCAACCACUAUGACCUCCACCACCACCACCACCCCAACCACUACAACCCCUACCACCCCCACCAUAACCACCCCAACCACCAAAAAGACAACCACUUCUUUAACUACCACUCCAACCACCUCAGUCACCACUACCAUCACCACCCCAACAACCACCUCUUUAACUACCACCACAUCAACCACUAAAAAGACAACCACUUCUUUAACCACCACCACCAUCACAACAACCCCAAAGACAACCACCCCAAUCAUCACCACCACCACCACCACCCCAACCACCACCACCACCACAGCUCUCACCACCAUCGUAACACCCAUCACCGACCCUGACACCACCACGGACACCACCACCACCUCUGACCCCAACUGUGGCCUGGAGGACAAAAAACGGAGGUACCACUGGACAUCCCCGAACUUCCCCUGCCAGAAUUACUCAGACAACUUCACCUGCAUCAUCAGAGGAGGAUCAAGGCGGCCGUUCUGGGCAAUCUUCCGCUUCAACGUGUUCCAGCUACCUCGGGGCUGUGGCGACUUGGUGACCCUUAGCCUGCCCUUUAGCCGAGAGGUGACAUUUUGUGGAGUGAGAAGCAGACCUUACUUGGCACCAACCUUCAACUUUGAGGCAUCUUUCUCCUCUGAUAUGAGCGUAACAGACAUAGGCUUCAACAUUACGGUCACCCCCAAGAGAUCUCCGUGCCAUAAGCGUGUGGUGCUGAGCGAUGGUGACACGCAGGGCAACGUGACAACCUGGAAUACGGGCAAUGUCAAGCAGCUGGUUCUCUGUGAAUGGUGGGUGGAGGCCCCUAAAGGGAAGCGUCUUCGGGUUGAAAGAGUGAUGACUUCCAUUGCCCGGACCAAGGACUGCACCCUUGACCACCUCAUAAUCAAUGGGGACGGGCAGAAGAGAUAUCCUGCAACCUCCAGCCUCAUCUACUGCGGCUGGAUGAAUGAGGUGGCGCCCCUCACCACCACCGGAAACCUGCUGCUGGUGGUGUACAGAGGGAGGGUGCCAUGGAGCAAAGGAUUUGUGUUGCAGUACCAGGUUUUGAGUUAAAAGUGUGUGAUGGAAGGAGAGAUUGUAGUGAUGCAAGUAUGUGAUGGGGCGACCUCACUGUGAGUGGUACAUGCCUGGAGAAACAAAGGCAGUAGCAGCCACCAGAGGCCUGCAGCCCAUUGUGUGUGUGAAUCUAUACUCUGCUGUUGUUGAAGACAUUGGGAGUUAGUACAUUCAGUGCACCAGUAGUCUUUAAGAAAAAAAUCAAAUAGAAAUCUGAUCUUGUGUAGUACUUGUUGAUGAAACCAUAUGACUGACUUCUAUUAUAUGAUUUGCUUGCAUUGUUACUAGUAAUGAUAGUAGUAAUUGUGGCAGUAGUACAAGUAGUAGUAGUAGUAGUUGUUGAGCUGAACUUGCAAGAAUACUAUUUCAAGAAAUGGCAUGUUUGCCUGUCUAAACACAUUCCCUGUUCUUAAACCAAGUUAUCAAAACUGUUAACAUGUAAUGGAUGAUAAUUAUGUUUGAAUGCAUCUACUAAAAAACUAACCCUUGUUUAUUUGAAACCUUAUCUUUGUAGCUGCUACACUCACAGGUAUUUAGGUGUGGUUUGAGUUCAAAAGUUGCAAAUUAUCUUUUUCACAAUAACUAAUUAUUAACCUCAAAAUAACAUUUUCAUUUUUCACAAAUAAAUAUUAUUCUCUUUAAGGCCUAUGUAAUUUUUGAACUUGUAAAGAAAUAAGUAUCAGAUUUUCUCCUUUCCUUUCUAAAGCUAGGAAUCUAUCAAGGUAACAGCUGUUUCUCUUUCCAAUCUUCACUUUUUUCCACUAUCUGUUUAUUUGGAUGUGAGCUGUAUACAAGGUAGGGGCAAAUUACUGUAAUAUACUGUAAUUUAAUACAUUAUAUUAAUUUCAGUAAUUUGCCCCUACCCUGUGUACAGCUCACAUCCAAAUAAAAGAUUGUGGGAAAAAGUAAAGAUUGGAGAAAGAGAAACAGCUGUUACCUGACAGGUUCCUAGCUAUAGAAAGGUAAGGAGAAAAUCUGAAGAUUAUUUUCUUACAAGUUCAAAAAUUACAUAGGCCUUAGAGAAAAACUUUAUUAUUUGUGAGAAAUGCACAUGUUAUUUUGAGGUUAUAUAAUUACUGUUAUUGUAAAAAGAUCCUUCUGGAGUGGGGUCACAUCAGUCUUACAUCACCAGUUCUCCCCAAGGCAGAGCAUCACCACCUGGGUGCUGUAAUCACACAGUGUCACAGUUACUUCAUUCAUCUAUAGGACCCCCCAAAGACUGGCAGUUGUCUCUGCCCUAACAGAGUCGAUCAAGCAGCACAGUGAAAAAUGUCAAGGCUUCCUGUUGAGACAGAGCGCCUUUAUAAAAAGUAAAAGUAUAUUGGAGAAAGGGCAGAAAAUUACAGAAAUCAUAAGACAACUUUCACUACACAGAGAAUGCAUGCAGGUAACCGAGAAGUAAUAAGUAAAAGCUGAGCAUGUGGAAAUUUCCUGAAGAUAAAAAAACAAAUACUAUGAAUGUUUCAUUAUCUAUAUGUGAUACAUGUCUUACAUAGCAGCAGCUGAGAUUAUCAUCUAUCUUCUCUCAUUAAAUAAAAGAUAAAUAAAUACAAAUAAAUUGCAAAGCCUCACUUUAUAAAAAAAGAAGUAUACUUCGGUUCAUUUCCUCGGCUAUCAACUUUGAUAGUUCAGAACAAACAGCUUCAGUACAAUUUACAUCUCUAUUCUAUCCUGGAAUACUAGGUGACCCGUGUCCUACAUAAGCCUCAUUCUUUUUGAAUGCCUUCAAGCAGCUAGCCUGAACACUUUACAUAUAAAAUUACCACCAGGAGAAUAAUCAUGUGCAGUGUGCUGUAUGUUUCACGUCACUAAACAUCUAUUUACCCCUGGGGUGCACUGUCUGUAACAAAUGCUAUUCAAUAGCUUCCUUAUAUCAAUCUGAGGAUACUAAGAAAGCACUCAUGACGGCAUGUAAGCGAUUUCUUAUGACAAAGCUACCUGGUGAGUCUCGACAAGGAACUUGGGGCAAGUAACAAUCAGUCCACCUGACCGCCAGCCACUGAUAAGAAUCGCUUUUACAGAUGUGAAGUACCAACGGCACUUCAUGAUCACAAUUUUGAUGCUGAACAUUUUUGCCCCUCCAGAUAUGACUUGUAUUACAAGUCACAAAAAACUUGGGGAAAUUGACACUGAACUUUGUAUAAUUUAAUGCUUAACGAUGCUAACCAAUAAAGCAAAGCAGUUGGCAAUACACUAAACCUCAUCAGGUGUGUUUUUCCCAAUGGAUAAUCUAGAACAACAAUGAAUGGGUUCUAGUGUUUUUCCCAAUGGAUAAUCUAGAACAACAAUGAAUGGAUUCUACCAGCCAAUCUGUCUAUCUUGAGAGAUGUAUCAAGCAGAAAAAAAAUGUACCUCCUGCAUCUAAAAUUCCUAAACAUACACAUCAUAAGUAGGCAGCUUUGCUUGAGGAAGUGGUCUUAUCAUUAAUUAUACAAUACAAAACUGAGGAAAAUACCAAUAAUGAAACCUUCAUAAUAUUGAUCAGCACCACUUCUAUUUUAUCUUAAUUAAGUGCCUUUCAAUGCCCGCUUGAAUCACCAUAGACAUGACUUUUGAACUCAAAGCAAUGGACACAGCAGCCAGGUGUUCAGGAAAUGUUUAAAGUAACCUUCCACUUGUCAAAUGGAAGGUUAUUAACUGUUGUAGUAUUAAAUAACAAUGUAUGUAGUGAAGAUUAGAUCUUCCAGUUUCAUGUAAACCAUCACAUAAUCAUUCCACAACUUCAGUUACCAAUGGUCAAGGUGCAGGGAAAUAGCACAUCACCACAAAGGCCACACAACACCCUCAGCAGGACUCAAAACACAGCCACACUUGCCACUUACUCAUUCAAGGGUUAAAUCAUUUCAACGUGCAUUUUCCUCAAACUCAUCACCGCUCACAUCGCUUAAAAAGAAACCUCAUGCCCUUCCUACAUCUAUGACUAGCCUCUUGAUCAAGUCCCGGCUAGAGGUAGGCAGUCAGAUUGUGUGUGGCCUCUCGUGUAUGUACUGGUCACUGGUAUGAAGUGUGGAUGACACGGAGGACACAAAGUAAUUAUUCUCGGUGACAUGAUCUUUUCUUAACGAUACUUUCUUGAGAAUGCUUGGUCAGCUUGGGACUGACAUUGAGAGAACAGUUAGUGCUCAUUCAUCUUUGUUCAUGGUAAAUAAUGACUUACAUUUUUGUAAUUAGUUUACAUAAAGCUAAAUAAUAAUA